CUUAUCGCAGAACUUUUCUCGUACUUAUCGCCGUGAUAAGUAAGGCUUGGUUAAGGUAGCCUCCGACCUACCUUAACGCUCCCUUGUAAACAAACAAAAUGGCGGCGAUGGACGACAACUUCGCGGAGUUCGUUAACUAUCUGGAGCGUCGUGAGGAAAUAAUGCGUGGGGCAGCCUAUUCAUACGCGUCACCGCCACGGCGAGUGCUCAGGGAUCGCUUGAAUCCCAUGGAAGUGUACGACGACUACGAGUUUUUGUGCCGUUAUCGAUUUACAAAAAGGACCGUGCAGCAGCUGCUCGAUAGGCUGCCUCUGCGGGAGAACACCGAUGGACGUGGGUUCCCUGUGCCGCCUCUCCUGCAGCUGCUCAUCACACUGCGCUUCUAUGGAGCCGGCACGUUCCAAAUUGUGACCGGCGACCUAGUGAAUGUUUCACAGCCGACAGUGUCACGGGUAAUCGAACGCGUAUCGACUAUGAUCGCCAGAAGCCUAUUUCCUGUGCUUGUGCAAUUUCCCGCCGCUUCAAAAAUGAGCGGUGUAAUGCAAGAUUUCUAUAGAAUAGGCAAGUUUCCCGGUGUGAGUGGGUGCAUUGAUUGCACCCAUGUGCCAAUUAAGAGCCCCGGUGGUGACCACGCCGAGGUGUACCGCAACCGGAAAGGAUACUUUUCGAUAAAUGUUCAGGGAAUCACGGGGCCCGACCUACAAUUUUAUGAUGUAGUGGCUAGCUGGCCAGGGUCUGCCCACGAUAGCAGAAUUUUCGACAGCAGCCGCGCCAGAGUGCUGUACGAGACGGGUGCCAUCCCCGGUAUUCUUCUCGGAGACAUGGGCUAUGCCUGCAGGUCAUAUCUGAUGACUCCUCUCAAGGAUCCUGCCCAAGGCACCCCAGAGUACAGGUACAACAAGUCGCAAGCAAAAACAAGAAACAGCGUGGAACGUGUGUUUGGAAUUUGGAAGAGGAGGUUCCCGUGCCUACAGAUGAAGCUGCAAAUUGACACAGACACCUCACUCAUAGUAAUCACUGCAUGUGCGGCGCUUCACAACCUUAGCAGAAUUCUACAUGACCCAUGCCCUCCGAAUGUACAGCCCCACACUGCACCCAGUGUUCAAUAGCCUACACCAACUUUGCCGAAUGGACAGCCGCAGAUGGCAAUUCAAGACUCCAAUGGCUUCAGAACUCGCUCUCGUAUUAUAGCAAAUUAUUUUUCAUAAAUGCAUGUAAACUUUGUAUUGCACUUUAUAUUCCAAUAAAUACAUUUUCAUCAUCAUCAUAUUCCUUUUUAUCAAACAAAAAUAGAUAAGUAGGCAGCUUCAACUGGUGGACGCCAGGUACAGAGGUUAAGCGCUAGAGCGAAACACAGAAUGCAGCGCAGUUUUGUUUGUGACCCUAACUAGAAUCCAACCAGUACUCUUAUAUUUCACUUAGCUUGUCAAAUGACACAAAUAUGGACAGGUGUCAUAUGACGAUUUAUUAGACGUCUCACGCAAUCGAGGCAGUCCACGAACGCUGAUGGUGUGUACAGCGACAGACGCAAGAGCACUUCUUCCUCUUCUUCACUACAAUGGCCACCAGGAGAGAAGAUGAGCCAUCCUGGCGACCUAUGGCGUAGGUAGGAUCAGGGGGUCAUAGUAUGGCUGAAGUCGGCUGACAUGAACCGUGUCACGUCCGCGAUGUCUAAGGUCGUGUGAUGGUGUCACAGGCUCGACAACGUAGUUAACAGCCGAGGUACGGUCGAUGACGCGGUAGGGACCAUCAUAGCGUGCAAGAAGUUUGGUUGAAAGGCCAGGGCUGUGAGGUGGGAUCCACAACCAAACAAGGGAACCAGGCGGAAAAUGUGGUGUAGGCACGUUACUGUCAUGCCGCAGCUUUUGGCGACCUUGGGCGGCGGUCGUAAGGGUACGGGCGAGCUGCCUACAGUCCUCUGCGUAUUUGGCGGCUUCAGACACUGGCGUGCAUUCAGAAGCGUCGGGUCGGUAUGGGAGCAGGGUGUCCAUUGUACACGAGGGCUCGUGGCCAUAUAACAGAAAGAAUGGCGAAAAGGCAGUGGUAGCUUGUGUGGCGGUAUUAUAGGCAUACGUUACGAAUGGCAAAAGAGUGUCCCAGUUACUGUGGUCCGAGGCAACGUACAUAGUCAACAUGUCACCGAGUGUGCGGUUGAACCUCUCUGUCAAGCCGUUCGUUUGCGGGUGGUAGGCGGUAGACUUGCGGUGAACGAUGCUGCAUGCAGCGAGAAGGGCUUGUAUUACUUCGGACAGGAACACACGCCCCCGGUCGCUGAGCAGUUCGCGUGGUGCUGCAUGUCGAAGAAUGAAGUUCCGCAAGAUGAAGAAGGCAACAUCACGCGCAGAAGCCGCCGGAAGUGCGGCAGUC